AUGGAAAGGGUCGACCUACGAAGCCGAAGGCGUGUUAUCAUGAUAACCAAUACAGUUUUGAUGUAAAAAUCAGUGAAGACGGACAAACUAUUAUUGCUAAUGAAGAUAUUUAUUAGUGCAAUGGAGAUAUAUUUUAUUCUGGGGCUAGUCAUAAUUAAUUUUAAGCCUAUUCAUACAGGAACCAACUUUGUAUUCCAAUUGAAGGAUGCGCCCGAACUUUACAAAGAUUUCAUAAAGAGAUAUCACAGAACGUUUGACAGUGAAUACGAUUACAACCAGAGAUAUAUGAACUUUGUGCAAACUCUGAGAUAUAUAAAUAGUAUAAACGCGCAAUCAUUUACGCAACAGAAGGUUUUACCAAAUCAAUAUGCUGAUUUUUCGGACGAAGAAAGAAGAGCGUAUUUAAGGAAAACUGAGAAAAAAAUUGAUCCCGAACUUAAAAUAAUAUUGAGAAUGAAGGAUGAGCCCAAACGUCAUCGCAAGCCGCUGCGUUCGAAGACUUCAAAAAAGAAACCAACGGGAUAUGGUAUAAGAGACUAUGGUCGAAAACGCUAAUUUACUGUAACUUAUUAAAAUUAAAAGGGCGCCAAGCAA